AUGAAGGUCCUCAACGGUUUCCACCUCAACAUGCGCAGUCUUGGCGCAUGCUUAGACGAAUCCCCGCGCUCGCAGACGGAAAUAAUCGAAAACCUGGAAUUAGGACUUGCACGACUGAGCAAAGAGUUUCCGUGGGUCACCCGCAAGGUCGUCCAAAUCGGCGAAGAAUUCAGCAUCACCGCCGCCAAGACUUCUCUGGAGCUGGUGGUGAAGGAGCUCCAAGAUGAUGUCACAGUGCCGACCUGGGACGAGCUCCGAGAAGCAGGUUUCCCGUUUCGCAUGCUCGACGAAGAUGUCGUCGCACCGUGCAAGACUAUGGUCGAGCCUUAUUCAGAGCGGCCGGUCUUGUUGGUCCAGGCCAAUUUUGUAAAAGGCGGUCUCUUGCUUACAUUCAACGCUCAGCAUGGGAGCAUGGACAUGGCUGGCCAGGCACAGGUUAUUACACUGUUCGCCAAGGCAUGUCGCAGUGAAGCCUUCACGAAGGACGAAGUGGAAACCAGCAAUAUGCGGCGGACAGACCGGAUCCCUAUAGCCGUCGACAAGACAUCAGGCUAUUCUGACUCGCCAAAGCCCAAAUCGGAAGGGUUGGUCCAGGACGUUGAAGCUAAUGCAAAGCCACGCGAACCACAGCUAAGUACGCCUUCGGACGACCUUGUGUGGGCGUACCUUGAUUUGUCUGCUGCCUCUUUGUCCAGCCUGAAGAAACUCGCCAGCCAGACUCUCACGGCAGGCGUCAGCUUCGUAUCGACAGACGAUGUACUCACCGCUUUCAUCUGGCAGUCCAUCACCCGAGCGCGACACUCCCGGCUGGAUAGCCCACGGUCAACACCGACAACACUGACCCGCAACGUCGACGUCCGCCGUCACUUUGAUCUUCCGCCCACGUACCCUGGCCUGAUGACCACCGCGACAUCACACACGUAUCCUGUCGAUGACCUAGUCAACCAGAAGUCCCUUGGCGCUGUCGCUUCUGGUCUUCGCGCGGCGUUGAGUCCCGACUCGCUCAGGAACAGUGCAGUAGUUCAAGCCACAGCCAUCUCUCGGAACAAAGGCGCAGCGGCGCAAAGGCGCAUUGCGGCGUUGAGCAACCCCAGUUUUGACGUCAGGCUCAGCUCUUGGGCGAAGGAGAAGUUGUAUGAUUUGGACUUCGGUCCUUGCCUAGGGCAGCCGGAGGCUGUGAGGAGGCCAAGAUUUGUGAAUGGUGCCAGAGAGGGACUGGUUUAUUUUCUCCCGAAAGGAAGGGAUGGGAGCAUCGUGGUCGGCAUUUGUCUGAGGGAAGAGGACAUGGAGUGUCUGAGGAUGGAUGGGGAAGUUAUUCAAUGGUCGAAGUGGAUUGGCUGA